UAAUUUUCUAGGUUUCAAUUUUCAUUCAAUUCACAUCGCACAUUAUACAUUCUCCGUGGGGGAGUCAUAGACAAACAUGGCUGCCGUAAGUGUGUGUUGAAAUGGUUUUAAUUAGACAAGUGAUAAAAGGCACCAUUAAAAUAAAUCAAAAGGUGCUAAUGUCAUUUUCAAAUGAGUGAAAAGAGCGUGGGAACCAUGCAGGGGGUUUCGGGCGAACGCCGGUUGCGCCAACUGGAAAUGUUGUUUCUUGGCGGGCCUGUGCUAGCCAAAGAACAAAGUUUUAGUAUCGAAACCCUCAUAGAUAUAUUACUUGUUCUCUACGAUGAAUGUUGCAAUUCGAGUUUAAGGAAAGAAAAAACAGUUUCAGAUUUUAUAGAACAAGUUAAGCCUGUAGCCAGCACAGUAAAAUCUUUAAGAUUGACUCGUGAAGAUUUCGAGAUAAUCAAGGUGAUAGGUAGAGGAGCUUUUGGCGAAGUGUGCGUAGUCAAAUUUAAGGGCACCGAAAAAGUUUUCGCCAUGAAAAUUCUCAAUAAAUGGGAAAUGCUCAAAAGGGCAGAAACGGCGUGUUUUAAAGAAGAACGCGAUGUUUUAGUCUAUGGUGAUAGAAGAUGGAUAACGCAUCUUCAUUAUGCGUUUCAGGAUGUAUCUAAUUUAUAUUUAGUGAUGGAUUAUUACUGUGGUGGUGAUUUGUUAACUUUAUUAAGCAAAUUCGAAGAUCGUCUUCCAGAAGAAAUGGCUCGGUUCUAUAUAGUUGAAAUGGUCUUAGCCAUUGAUUCAAUACAUAAUCUUAAAUAUGUACACAGAGAUAUCAAACCUGACAAUGUUCUACUAGACGCAAAUGGUCAUAUUAGAUUAGCUGAUUUUGGUAGUUGUUUAAGAUUAAAUGAAGAUGGUACUGUACAAUCAAACGUAGCUGUCGGUACACCUGAUUAUAUCUCUCCAGAAAUUCUCAGGGCAAUGGAAGAUGGGCAGGGCAGAUAUGGACCUGAGUGUGAUUGGUGGUCGUUAGGUGUUUGUAUGUAUGAAAUGCUGUUUGGUGAAACCCCGUUUUACGCGGAAAGCUUGGUCGAAACUUACGGAAAAAUUAUGAAUCACAAAAACUGUUUUGACUUUCCAACGGAUGUGGAAGUAUCAGACGCUGCCAAAGAUUUAAUCAAAAAAUUAAUAUGUAGCCAGGAAUUCAGAUUAGGACAAAACGGCAUUGACGAUUUUAAGGUUCAUCCUUGGUUCGAAAAUGUUGACUGGGAUGGCGUUAGAGAUAGUACCGCUCCCUAUAUACCAGAAGUAUCCAGUCCGACGGAUACAUCAAAUUUUGACGUUGACGAUGCUGACAUUCGGCUUUCAGAUGUUUUACCUCCGACUGCCAAUAACGCCUUUACUGGUCUACAUCUGCCGUUUAUUGGAUUUUCGUUUACACAAGGAAGUUAUCUUUGCGAUCUCAGUAAUUUGUCGGCGUGUACAGAAUCAGAAUUCAUGGAAAAACAAAAUCAACGAAAUAAGAGUGAUAUUAUAGGGCUGGCUUUAAACCACGAAAAGGAGAUAGAGAAGAAAAUGUCACCGGAUAGUACGAGACGGUUGCAAGACGAAAUUAAUACCCUGACGAAGAGAAAUUGCGAAUUAGAAUCUCAAUUAAGAAGUCUGGAAGAGAAUAACUCUAGAGAAAUGCAUAUAGACGCGUUAGAUGGUGCUGAUAGCGCGAAACAAAAGGAACUAGAAAAACUUAUUAGGUUAUUAAAACAAGAAAAGGACGAGAUCAUGAAGGAUCGUCAGGAUUUAAAUGAAAAAUUAAAAUUUCAAGAUAUAGAACUUAAGGAUGCCUUAGCACAGAAAAAAUUAGCCAUGACUGAAUAUGCGGAGGUUUCUGAUAAAUUAGCUGAACUGAGGCAACAAAAACAGAAACUUUCCAGACAGGUUAGAGAUAAAGAAGAAGAAUUAGAAACGGUGAUGCAAAAGGUUGACUCUCUACGAAACGACAUCAGGCGCGCUGAAAAGCUACGAAGAGAACUCGAGUCUAGAGUUGAAGAAGCUCAAGCUGAAGCGACUAAAGAAAGAAAACUUAGGGAAAGGUCAGAAGAAUAUUGUAGGCAAAUGCAAGCUGAAUCUGAUCGCCUUCGAGUGAGGAGUGAACAUGGUCCUAGAGAUCAGCAAGAUUCGUUGAGGCUGAAAGCGGAGUUGGAAAAAUUAGAGGUCCAAUACAAUGAAAGUUUAACACAACAACAAGCCAGAUAUAACAUGGAAUUAUCCUCUCUAAGAGAUCAACUUCAUGAAGCAGAAACCCAUAGGGAGCUAUUAGAAAGAGAAGUACAAAUACUUAAGGAAAAAUUGGAAAAAUCUAGAUUAGAAGCAUUGGCAGAUUCUGAACAAGUCAUAGCUGACUUAAAAAGCAGGCACGAUAGGGAAAAACAAAUUUUAGUCGAAGAAAACAAAAAUUUAUCUUCAAAUGUAGACCUCCUUACCGAAUCGAUGAAUCGUCUACAAACUGAACGAAAUAAUCUGGAAACAGAAUAUGACCAGUUAAGAACCAAACAGGAAGCUUUAGGCCAAUGGGAAUCGCAGCUCUCUGAAAUCAUUCAGUGGGUGAGCGAUGAAAAAGACGCACGAGCUUAUUUACAAGCAUUAGCUACCAAAAUGACGGAAGAGUUGGACUAUCUCAAACAUACCGGCGUUUCAAGUGUUGUCUCCGGUACUGACAAAAAUUGGAGAAAUAGAAGAUCACAAAAAUUAGAUAAAAUGGAGUUGUUGAAUUUACAAAGCUCGCUGCAAAGCGAAAUUCAAGCCAAGCAAGCGAUUAGCGAAGAUUUAAGCAAAACUAGGGAAGCAUUACUUGCUGCUCAAAAAGAAUUAAGAGAAUUUAGACAACGAAACGAGGCCUUAAACCUAGAUCUAAAACGAAAAGAAAAACAACUUAAAGAAUAUCAAAAUCGCGUGGAUUCUGAAGGAUUUUUAGAACGACCUUCCUCACAGAUGUCCUAUUUGGAUCAAUUUUUGAAGGAAACUAAUUCAUCUUCGCAGCCGGCAAACACGUACGAUAAUCUGCCGGUGCCGAAUUUGUAUAAAGGUGGGUCGAUCGAGUCCGAGGAAGGCGACAUUGAAGAUAAUAGAGCAUUAAGCAUGACAAGCUCCAAAAGCAAUUUAUCAGAACUUAGUGUGCACGAACCCCAAUCUCCCUUGAAACAUAAAGCUCAUCAAUUUUUGGUAAGAACGUUUUCUAGUCCUACGAAAUGUAGCCAUUGUACUUCUCUAAUGGUGGGCCUUAUGCGACAAGGAAUGGUGUGUGAAAUAUGCGGCUUCACAUGUCAUACUUCCUGUUGUGCACAUGUUCCAGCAGUUUGUCCUGUUCCUGCAGAUCAAACUAAACGUCCUCUGGGCAUCGAUCCUACCAGAGGCAUUGGAACAGCAUACGAAGGUUAUGUCAAAGUUCCAAAGACAGGUGGUGUUAAGAAAGGUUGGAUCCGACAAUUCGUAGUUGUUUGUGAUUUCAAACUUUUCUUGUACGACAUAUCUGCCGAUCGAAAUGCCUUACCAAGUGUUCAUGUGGCGCAAGUGUUGGAUAUGAGAGAUCCACAAUUCAGUGUGUCCAGCGUUAAAGAUUUGGAUGUGAUUCACGCGAAUAAGAAAGAUAUUCCGUGCAUUUUUAAGAUAACAACAUCCUUAAUGGAGCCACCUGGGCCUAGAAAUUCAACAUUAAUGUUAGCUGAUACUGAAGCAGAGAAGAACAAGUGGGUUGUUGCGUUAGCUGAACUUCAUAGGAUAAUGAAAAGAAAUAAUCUUCCGAAUACCACAGUUCUUGUGGCUAGAGAACUUAUUGAUACGUCUCUGACGUUAUUAAGGAACGCGUUGAGUGGGGCAAUUAUUGAUCCCGACAGAAUAGUUCUAGGUACUGAGGACGGUAUGUAUUGUAUAGAUUUGGAUCGAACGGAAGUAGCGAAAAUAGGCGAUGGGAAGAAAAUUUUUCAAUUGGAAUAUAUUAGCGAAGAACAUUUGCUCGUCGUUGUGAGCGGUAAACAAAGACAAGUGAGGUUAGUGCCUAUAAGGGCGCUAGAUGGUGAUGACGUCGAAUGGAUUAAGGUUACCGAAAGUAAGGGUUGUUCUGUUCUUACUGUCGGGCCUGUUCUGCGUGCCCCAUUGACGUUUUGUCUUUGCGUGUCAAUUAAAAAACAGAAUUCUUCAGUAAUUAUUAUUUAUGAAAUAACUCGUACGAAAACAAGGCACCAGAGGGUACGAGAAAUUGGUUUACCAGUCAUUGUACAGUCUCUUCAACUAUUAUCGGAUGGUCGAUUAUGUGUUGGAUCACCUUCGUCAUUUACCGUUUACAAUAUUCAAAGUGGUGAUCAACAGUUAAUAUCGUUACUGCAUCCUGAUAAUCCUUUAUAUUCUACAAUAAUGUGUAGUGCUGUGGAAGCUAUGCGGGUCAUAGAACUACCAAGGCAUGAAUACCUUUUAGUAUUUGGAACUCUAGCAGCGUUUGUUGAUAGACACGGUCGAAGAUCGAGGGACCGAGAAAUGAUGUACCCUGCAGUUCCUAUAGCAAUAGCUUAUAGAGACGGACAUUUAGUAGUUUAUAGUGAUACCCACAUAGACAUAUUUAACUGUGCGACGGGAGAAUGGGUCCAGACCCUUAAUAUUAAGAAAGCGAAACCAUUAAACGAUAGCGGCAGUCUGACUUUAUGUGUCCUGAACGAUCUAGCACACCUUCUCUAUUUGUCCAAUAUUCAUCAAAGAGAACUUUUAAAUAUUGAUAACAUAGUUACAUUAGACCGAGAUGGGAGAACUAUUCAUAAAACGAGAAGAAGAUUUUCUUUAAGAGAAGGCAAUAGAACCCAACGCAUGAGUACCGAUAGAAGAUCUAAGCUUAUAUCAGCUCCAACCAACUUUAACCAUAUCAGUCAUAUGGGACCAGGAGAUGGAAUCCAGCGCCAGCGGUUAAUAGAUCUAACGCCCACACGUACAGACCAGUUACCCGAACAUAAUCCAUUUAGUACUGCCACUACUCCUCCUCAAAGGAUACCAACAAAAACUGCACCAUUACCGCCGAAACACGGAGAAAGAAAGAGGCCGGAAAUUUCGAACCCAACUCCUAUCAGACCGAAUUUUCCCGCCCACAAUGGAGCAAAACGAGCUGCACCUCCUCGACCAAGGGAUUUACCCCCAGCCUUGCCCAAAUCAUCUGAUAAAUCACCUUCUCCCGAUCCCGCUAGUAUCGGUAGCAUGUCGUCUUUGCAUGAAAUGAUAAAGGGAACGGAAAAUAGAGGUAGCCCACGUCAUUCGAUAGCCAGCAAUAACAGUUCCAAUCUGUCAACGCCUCCAUCUCCACAUGCAGAUCAUCACAACAGUUCUAGUUAUGACAGCUAAGAAUAUUAUUGAAGUGUGUGAUCUGCCGUUAUUGCUUUUUCGACAAGAAGAAGACUUCGUUUUACAUUUGCGAAUAACAUUUUUGAUAAGAGUCGUUGUUUAAUAUUCGUAACUUGUUCAGAAACUAGUACUUCCUAAUUUUAAAUUAAUUAUUUUCAAAAUAUUUAUAGGAACGUGCAUUUACAUUUCAGUCACUUGCUAGUUCUAAACACUGUAUGUAUAUAAGUAACUGAUAUAUAUCAGUUCUCUAGUUAAUUUUUCACGUAAUUGAGCUAGAGUGAUUAUCGUGUAUUUUGUUUCAAGAUCUCCAUCGAUCGUGCCUUAUUUUGGAUAUAGACUUCUUGUUUCAUCCUCCGAUCUCCGUUCGAUCUCGUUUUCAUUCAUUCAUCUCGUUAAGAUCUUCACCCAAUCUCAUCUGAUCAUGGAUCUUUGCGCCUGUAGUAUGCACCGUUGUCAAUAUUUAUCUACUGUUGUAAGUCUUCAGAUUAUCUAACAAUAAAACACUGAAAACGUUUGUUUUCUAUACUUCCACAAAAUUUAUUACAACUAUGUGACUACAGCUGUUUCGGCAGAGUGCCUUUCUCAAGUGAUAUAUUUUACAAUGUGUUUGCCUUUUUAAGUCUUUAACUGAAGAGGUUGAGGAGUGGGGAGCUGUUUGUCUCGAGUUGGUCAUUCAGAAUUAUAUCUGUAUUUUUCAAUUUAUUAAUUUCCAUAGAUUCUAAUGAAGAUGGCUUAAGGCCUUUAUUUUGAAUAUGCAGAAUUGGAAACUCUUCAUUAAAAGAAUGAUUAUGAUCUAGAAGGUGUAGUGCGUAUGUAGAAGUGUCUGUUUUUCUAUUGUUGAAAGCCCUUUUGUGUUCUGCUAUCCGUUUGUCAAAGGUUCUGCCAGUUUGACCGAUUUAAGUUUUCGGCGCCUCAAACGUACUGAGUUGUUUCCGAAUGUUGUUAUAACUUAUGUGAAUGUCGUGUUAAUGUUAGAUGCUUCAGGAUAGUUCUCAGUUUUACAGAAAAAAUUUUUAACCUGGAGUACUAUUUUCGGUAGGUAAUACGAAAAAUAUCGCGAAAACGGUCCAAGCUUAUAAUCAACAAUGGUUUCAGCAGGACAGGGCAACCGGUCACACUGCCAGGGAGUCUCUUCGAAUACUGCGCCAUCAUUUUGGGGGUUGCCACUCACCAGAACGAACGCCACCAGAUGCGUACAUAUGGGGAAUGCUGAAGGAGUCAGAUAGAUCCACCGGCGGCCAUUUAGGACUUACGGAAUAGAAUUAAAAAGCUUUUUUCGUGCCUGAGGCAGUGACGGAUAUAGAAAUUUGCCUUGGAAGGGGAAAUCUGCCUUAGGGGGAACAUCCAAUGAAAAACCAACCAAAAGACAUAAAACAGAUACAAACUCACAUUAUAUAAAAGACAUAAAUGAUAGUUUAUAGGCAUUAAGUUCCCUUAAUUUUCCUAACUAGGGUGUUUAUUGGGUUGAAGUUUUCGUUUUGUGGUUUCGGUUUCAUCUCAGGUAAUAUAUUUUUAUGUUUGAACAGUUUUUUUCUUUAAUUUUGGACCUUGUUAGGAGGUAAAUUUGCUCAUUUUCCCUCCCCGUAGAUCCGCCACUGACCAGAGGAUAUCUUUAACAUCUGUUUUAUCGGGAACGUGCGUCGUCGUGAAUAUUGUUUGCAAGGCUAUAUCAUGUAUACUAGAUAUAAAAAUAAUCAUAAACAUUUAAAUAUUCAUUUCAGUACUGUUUAUUUUGCCGCAUACUGUAUAUGGACUAGAUGCUUUAGUUUUACAAUUUUAAGUAUCUUCUUCUUUGUCUGCCGUGCUUGUUUUUAAACGUUGGCUAUCGUCGUUUUAACAAGCUGAUGAUAUAUCAAACAAUUCCUCGUCCGUUCGACUUGUCCAUUGUCUAAAGUUACGCAGCCAGAACAGUUGUUUUCUUCCAACCCAGCGUUUUCCUUCGAUUUUGCCCUGGAUGAUCAACCGGAGUAAGCGAUAUUUAGGUCCUCUCAUUAUAUGACCGAAGUAUUGGACCUUUCUCAUUUUUAGGAUGUUGAUCAAUUCUCGCUCCUUAUAGGCGAGCGGGAGCAACCCCUAAAAUUACGUUAUACUGACCACGAAAAUCAACUUUAAGGUGAAUGACCAGUAUUGGUCAUUUGGUAUGUUUUCAAGGUCGCUGAAUCUGAAUAUGAAGUUUAUUUUAAUCUAGAAUUAGUGGAACAUGUUUAAUCGCUGUAUCGCAGCAUACCUCGCUGUAUCUUUAAUAGCUGUAAAUAUUUCCUUUUGAAGAUUUUACUGUGUAAUUUUUGAAGUAUUAACAAUGAGAUUUGACCAAAAUGUUUAAUAGUUAUUUAACCAACAAGUGUAUUAAUAAGGGCGAUUAACAAUUGAGAUAUUUUAACGCGUGAGCGGAGCGAGCGCGUUAAUGUUCGAGAUUGUUAAUCGCCAUUUUAAUUCACGAGUUCGUUACAAAACUUUUCCGUCGACCGUACUUUUCAGAAAUAAAGAUAUAUCCAUCUUUUGAUUUUUCAAAUACACAGAAUUUUAAACAAUAAAGUAAAUAAUGACAUACAAUGACAGAUAGUACUAACAGCGGCUACUUGAUUUUAAAUUUUUUAGUGGGAAUAUAAAUAGGUAUAUGUUUGGUUGCCUACACCACAGUCACUGCAAAUCACAGAGCGUUUAAUUAAUUUAUGCAAACAAUGUAUGUUGUGUUGCCUAUAAUGAAAUCGUUUAUUAAUAGAAAAUCAUUCAUUAAUAGGGGUCAUCAAUCAAUGAUUUUGAGGGUGUUAAAAUUGAUCAUAAAUGGACGGUCGACGGAAAACACAUUAAAAAAGGAGUUGUUAAUUUUUAAACAUUUUGUCGUCAGAUUUCGUUAGUUUCAUGUUUACUUAAAAAAGUUGAGUGACAAACAUUUUAGUUUAAAAAUUUAGCCAACACAGCAAUAAAACAUAAUUCAUAAAGAAGUUUUUUGGAAAAUUUUAAGUCAAAAUAUUAAAUUAAGGAAAAAAGUUAUGUGAUUUUAUAAACGAGCAGCACACCCCAAAAACGCUUAUUUCUCGAGAUACUGACCAAGCAUUGGUGAAUGGCUAAUUUUUAUCAUACUUUAUGUUUUUGACUGUGCUGAAAACGAAAAUUAGGUUCAUUUUGAAUUUUACGUGGGGGAACAUUGGCAAAAUCGCAAUUUUACCUUUAAAAAUAAAAAAAUUAAAUCACGUUUAAUUUUGCGUUUAACUCGCUACAACUCUGUUCCAUUUUAAUAUGUUUUUCUGAAAUAUUUAUCGUAUAUAUUUCUUACCAUUCUGAAGGUAGUGGGACCUGUUUCAAUAUAUCUGUCUUAUUAUAAUAAAAGUUAUGAAUUGUUUAAAGUAAAAAGUGCAGAUUCCUGAAUUGCAAAGUUUAAUCGCAAAAGUUGAGUGACAAAAUUUAAAAUUUAGCUUUUAAUCAAGUUUAUUAUUUUAAAAUAUAGAGUACAAAAAUCAAAAUGUUUUAUAUAAAAAACAAUGGUGCAACUUUUAAUUUUAAGAAAAACAUUAAGUAUUUCAUUUAUUUUUUUAUUUUUAGGGUAAAAUUGUGAUUUUUGACAAUGUUCCCCCUUCUAAAGUUCAAAAUAAACCACAUUUUCGUUUUCAGUACCAUCAAAAACAUAAAGUAUGAUCAAAAUUAACCAUUCACACACCGUGGUCAGCAUCUCGGGAAAUAAGCGUUUUUUUGGGGGAGUGUCACUAGUCUAAAAAUUCUCAUAACUUUUUUCCUAUUGCAUGUUUUGCCUUCAAAUUUUCCAGAAAACUUCCUCAUGACUUAUGUUUGAAUGCUAUGUUGAUUCAAAUUAUAAACUAAAAAUAUGUCACCCAACUAUUUUAAGUAAACAUGAAACGAACGAAAUCUGACGACAAAUUGUUUAAAAAUUAACAACUUCUCUUUUAAUUUGUUUAAAGAUCUCGGACAAAUCUCGUUAUCUAAAUUCUUCAAAGAUGACACAGUAAAAUUUUCAACAGGAAAUAUCAACAGCGACCAAAAAUACAGCGAGGUAAAUAUGGAAAAUCAUCAAAAUUGAUUUUUCGCAUCUUUGUACAAAAUUUGAUUUUUGAACAUGUUCCACCAAUUCUAGAUAAAAAUAAACUUCAUAUUCGGAUUCAGCAACCUCGAAAACAUAAAGAACGACCAAAAUUUGGCAUUCACCUAUCAUGGUCGUUUUUCGAUUUCUAAGCCUCAAAUUAGGGGUGUGCCGCUUGCCUAUUAUGGUCUAAGAGCUAGCAACGUUUUCGAGAAAUCAUUUUAAGACGGCUGAUUCUUUAAUAUAUUGUUCCCUAUGCUUCCUCGAACACCGUACCGGCCAUCUGGCUGCUGAUACAGGUUGCGUUCAUUACUGCGCAGCACACCUGUACAGGUAAACACAAAAUCAGGGUGGAGUGGUAAAGGGGGACCUUUGGCGGUAAUGGCCGCCGAAGGAUGUUUUAUGUAGAAUGAAAAAUUUAUUUGAAGUUAUCUAAAUAAUCCCCAAAGAAAAGUUAAUUUUUAGUUAUAAUUCGUGAAAGUGAAGUAGCUUAGUGUUGUCUGUUAUUCUUAUUGUAGUAAAAUUAUGGCAAUUUAUCUUUAUUAAGGAAGAAUUAUUUUCGAGCAUGGUUGCUAAUGUGUUUGUUCGUAGUUAAAUGGAAUAAUGGAUAUUUGAAGAAAAGUUAUAUAUAUUAUUAUUUGUAAGGAUAAAAACGUAGGUUGUGCAUUGCUUCGAGCAAGACUCGCAUAACCUACAUGAAAUGUGCUGGUAGAUGCACUUGUAUGCAAGCCAAAAAAACGAAGAAGAAGAAGAAAUCAGGGUGAUUGAUUAGUGUGAAAAAGAUUAGUAGAUCCGCUAUAGUAAUAGAUAGCAAUAAAAGUUAAUAACAAAAAUUUUAGCCACCUUUGAGAUUCACAUUACAAAAUUAGUUAGAAUAUUACAGGGUGUUCGAUAACACAGUAGCAGACCUAACUUUUGUUUUUUUAAAUGGAACACCCCAUAUUUUAUUUUAUAUUCGAAAUCUUCUUAACUUCCCCAUCACAAAAAUAUAAAGGUUUGUUAUGUUAUACAGAGUAUUUACAAAGUUAUAACCAAUGUUCUAUGAAAAUCGUAAUAAGUUCAGCUCCCUGUAUAAAUAAAAAUAAGCACAACAGCAAUGGUUUAUUGGUGCCAUAUUUUUUUAUUGAUUGUCAAAAUUUAUAAAAAUGGUUGAUAUUGCUAAUUUUUUUUAUAUCGAAUACAGGGUGAGUCAAAACGCAAGUAUGUACAUUAUUUUCACAGUAAUUUUAAAUAGAACACCCUAAUUAAUAACUUGCUCUGAAAAAUGAAAAUAUCUCGAAAACUGACAAAUUUAGGCAUAGGGAAUAUUAUACAAAAAUUAAAGUACGGUAAUGAUAUUUUUCGAUAGUAAUAUAAAAUACAUGGUGUUCUAUUUAAAAUUUCUGAGAAAAGAAUGUACUUGCGUUUUGACUCACCCUGUAUUCGAUAUAAGGAAAAUUAGCAAUAUCAACAAUUCUUAAAAAUUUUCACAAUCAACAAAAAAAUAUGGCACCAAUAAACCAUCGCUGUUGUGCUUUUUUUUAUUUAUACAGGGAGCUGAGCUUGUUCCGAUUUUCAUAAAAAAUUGGUUAUAACUUUGUAAAAGCCCUAUAUAACAUAACAAACCUUUAUAUUUUUCUGAUGGGGAAGUUAAGAGGAUAUCGAAUAUAAAAUAAAAUAUAGGGUGUUCCAUUUAAAAAAACAUAAGUUUGGUCUGCCACUAUGUUAUCGAACACCCUGUAACAAUCUAACUAAUUUCGUAAUGUGAAGCUGAAAGUUGGCCACAAUUUUUAUUAUUAACUUUUAUUGCUAUCUAUUACUAUAGCGGAUCUACUGAGCUUUAUCACAUUCAUCAAUCACCCUAUAUAUUGAAUUUAAAUUAUUUUAGGACGAAAAAUGUUUUUGUCAUUACUUUUUAAACCACAGAAAUGUCUGGCAAUUACAGUUCACGUUUCUAAUAAUGUUUAAAAAUUAAUGACAAAAAAUUUUUCGUCUUACAAUAAUUUUAAAUUCGAUAUGUUUACCUGUACAAGUUUGCUGCGCAGUAAUGAACGCAACCUGUAUCAGUAGCCAGAUGGCCGGUACGGUGUUCGAGGAGACAUAGGGAAAAACUAAUGAAAGAAUCAGCCGUCUUAAAAUGAUUUUUUUCCGACGUUGCUAGCUCUUGGUCCAUUAUGCUUUGUCUCUAGCACACGUUCGUUGGAUGUGUGUGCUGUCCACGGGAUUCUGAGCAUACGACGGUAACACCACAACUCUAACGCUUUUAAUUUGUUAAGUAAGUAAAGUAAGUGUUCCUGUAAAUAUUUUUUAAAAACUUUUAUAAUCGAUAUGUCUGAUUUAGUUUUUGAACAUUUUAUAUUAGGCUAGACCCGCAGGGAUAGUUUUUAAAUAUAAAUAUGCCGAUCACAUUUACCCGAUCGGUUAGCCCAUCGCGCAUGGACCGAUUUUACAAUAGAUCGCUCUAAUUUGUUGAGAAAUAUAAUAUAUUAAGGUUAGUUUAUUAACGAUAUUUCGCUUUGAAUAUAAUACACUCACCGGCACAAAAUUCCGCGCACCCAAAAUUUUUGAUUAAGUUUGACAAUGUAUAACUUUAUUAUUUGUACUCCGAUUUUCAAGAUUUUUGCAUCAGUUUGUAGGUGCACGUAUUGAUGUUGUUUGUUAUUAUGCCGGUAACAAAUUUUUUUUGCUUAGAUGGCAUUACACGAGGGUGAAUGGAAGCGUUGUAUUUUCUCCAUGGUGUAUGGAAGAACUUUAAAAAAUUCUGUGGAGAAAUUGGAGGGCUGAUUUUGUUUCAUACUCAUUUUGUAUUAUCCUGGAGGUAUCUCUAAGAUUUUGUUUUUUUGAAUUAUCCGAAUAUCUCUUUUCUUGUAAGAGCUGUACAACUUUUUGUAAAUAAAAACACUGAUUGACUUAUAAACAUAAAUAUCUUAAAUAGUGGUUGGAUUGAGCUUUUGAGCAUUUAUGGGACGAAUUAAAAAUAGCUAUUUGCCGUCAUCCUAGGCCUCCAGAAAAUUUGGUACAGUUAUGGCCUUGGUAGAGGAAUAUCGGGCCAUUCCCCAGACAAGGAUAACACAUCUUUAUUCGAUGCCAAACAGAUUGCGAGCAGUCGUUGCUGCAAGAGGUGGACAUACCCGCUGUUGAAUUGUUUUGUUUUGUUCUUAAUUUUGUUUUGUGUUGUUAAUUUUAGUGCGUUUAAUAUUUUUAAUUAAAUAAACAUAAAGUAGUGGUUUUAUUUAUAGCUUUUACAAGAAAAGAGAUAUUUGGAUAAUUCAAAAAAACAAAAUCUUAGGGAUACCUCCAGGAUAAUACAAAAGGAGUAUGUACCAAAAUCAGCCCUCCAAUUUUUCCACAGAAUUUUUUAAAACUUGGAGAAAAUACAACGCUUCCAUUCACCCCGUAUAAUGCCAUCUAAUCAAAAAAAUUUUGUUACCGGAAUAAUAACAAAUGACAUCAAUACAUGUACCUACAAACUGAUGCAAGAAUCUUAAAAAUCGGAGUACAAAUAAUAAAGUUAUAAAUUGUCAAAAUCAAAAAUUUUGGGUGGCGGAAUUUUGUGCCGGUGAGUGUAGAUAUAUUUGUCAACAGUAUUGAGCCUAUCGCAAUCGGAUGGCAAAUAUAUGUGACAGCAGAUUAUUUAAUCGGCCGAUUAGAGGGUUCAUGCGCACUUUUCCAAUAUAGCAAAAUCGUUCAUGCGCGGCUAGCCUUAGUAGACAUGAUUAGUUACCUCAACGAAUUUCAAACAAUAAACAAAAACGAUAUUAUAAAUAUUAGUUUUAGUAACGGCACUGUACUUAUUUUUAUGUAAAUUAGUUUUUGAUUUAAUUUGUUUAUAAUUUUAUUAAGAUACCAAUGUAAAAUACCAGUCAAUUAAGUGUUGUAAAAUUGUUUUCUAAAAAGUAUAUUAGUAUUUUUCAAUAUAUUCAGUUUUAAGCAAUACAUCAUUUUUAAAUUAAGUAAAAACUGAUGUGUUGUCGUGAGUUUUUUUAUAUAUUUUAUAUUUAUAUUUAUUUAUUUGUCUUGUUUUUAACAUUUUCACUAACGUUAAUAAUGGAAGUGAAGUUAAAUACGCGUUUACACAUGUCAGAAAACUCUACCGAAUGAUGCAAGCCACUAACACUAAGAUGGUGACCUGCUGCAACAAAAGAAAGAAAAAUAAUUUCUAGCGCAAAAUAUAGCUAACGUCAAUUAUGGUAAGGUUUCGCCGCGCAGUUUUUCAACAUUCAUUUUUAACGCCAUUCUUCUUGAUAUGCUUAUCCAUGACAAAUGUUGAUGAUCAUCAUGGCAAUCUUUAACUCAUCUGCAGCAGCGCGGCAAAGCUGUACAGAUGUUGUGUUGUUAAACCACGUUCUGAAUUUCUUUAACCAGGAUGCUUUUCUUCUUCGUGGACCUCGCUUUCCAAAUAUUUUUCCUUGCAGGAUGGCUUGUAGGAGGGCAUAUCUGGAUUGAUUUCGCAUAAUGUGUCCGAAGUAAUCUAACUUUCGAGAUUUGAUGGUGGUCAUUAUCUCUGGGUUCUUCUUCAUUCUUCUGGGGACCUCUUCAUUUGUGGCCCCGGUCAUUCCACGGGAUUUUAAGAAUUCUCCGAUAUAGCCACAAUUCAAAUGCUUCUAAUCUUCUGCACAUAUCUUCGUUCAAGGUCCAUGAUUCAAUGCCAUAGAAAAACAGAGAAUACGUAGCAUCGCAGCAUUCUUACUUUUAUGCCAAGAGAGGUUGUGGCUCUUGAAUAAGGCUCCCAUGCAGACUAAGGGCCAAUUUCUCAUAUCGAGUUCAACUCCAGUUUAACCUGAACUUUUAGUGAACGUCAGUUUAAAGUCAAAAUCGUCUUUCUCAAGUCACGUUCAACCGAUGGCAGUUUAAACUUGAACGCUGGAAUUCGGCCGUUCAAAGAUUUCCGAACCCAGUUCAGAUGAUUUCAUGGAUUACGCAUGCGUUGUAUUAACACGAAACGCUGUCAUAAUAUAAAUAUAACCUAUUUUAUUAUAUUAAGCCUAACGAUAAACGAUAACAUUAUUUUUGUUUUGUUAACAUUUAUUUAUAAUUAUUAAAAUGACUAUUUGACUAUAAAUUCUUAAAUUUAACUUUAUUCAAAAACAGCAUAAAAAAGGUCGUACAAAAUGGCGAUAGUUUUUAACUUUUGCCAUCUAUUGGCAUUUCUCGAAAGCUGUAGAACGUGCACUGACAUGAACGUGCAAUGGGAAAUGCAUUCCAAACAAAACCAAAGUUCAUCGGUGAAAUUUGAUCAACUGAACCAUAAAUUAACGCAGGUAUGAGAAAUCGACCCUAAGGUUGAUAUAGCUUUUCCGAUGCGCGCUAUUAUCUCUUGGUUGUUGGUCCGUUUAUUAUGGUCCCGAGAUAGUGAUAUGCAACACUCUUUCUACAGGGGUUUAGUUGAUGUAGAGUUGACCUUAACGGCAUUGGUUAAAUAAAUUGUGGCAAAGUAAAAAUACGUUUAUAUUAGACACUCCUUACAUAAAUGUCGAAGGUCAAACAUAAAUUCGCUUUCGUACUUACAUACUGAGAGAAAUUACUAGUUUAUGGCAUUGAUAAGUAUACAUUUCUAGAAAUGCUGAAUCUGAGAUAAACGUACGGUCCGUUUACAUAUUUUUUUUGUUACACAUUUAAUUUACAAUCUGCUUCAUCGAAGCUAUAAGUAAAUAGUUUGAAUGUUAAAUACAUGAGGGAGAAGUUGCCCUGUGGCAACCCUCCUAUUAUAAUUUUUACAUUAGAUCAUAAUAUAUUUAUUUAAUUUAUUAAAUCUGUUGGCCAUAGUUUCUUCAGUCGUCUUGCGAAUUCGGGAGGAGUGUUUAGCAGUCUUGCUUCAUCAUUUGGAUGACUUCUCAGUCCAUCAAGGUAGCUCAUUGUGAUUCUUUGAAUUUCUUCCUCUACCAAAGGUGUAGCUGAGUCCUUAUGUAGAGUUUUAUUGCUUACAUACCAGGGUGCGUUGAAUAUCAUCCUCAAUAUUUUUGAUUGGACUCUUUGUAUUAUCUUGAUAUUUGAUGGCUUUGAGCAACCCCAGAGUUGAACACCAUAGGUCCAAAUUGGUUUUAUCAUAGUUUUAUACAGGAGCAGUUUAUUUUCAAUAUUGAGUUUUGACUUUCGACCAAUAGGCCAGAGAAUGGUUAGUCCCAAAUAUUUGACUUGUGUGUGCUGACUGGUAAUUGUGUAUCAUUAAAUGUUAUUAUUGGACAUAUAUACCUUCGGUUUGUAAAUGUAAUUUGGGUUGACUUCGUUUCAUUUACUUUCACCUUCCAUUUGUUGAGCCAUGUUCCCAAUUGGCCAAGGUGGUUUUGCAGUUGUGCAGACGCCAUAAUGGGGUACUCAUUGACAGCGAUUAUGGUGGUGUCAUCAGCGAAUGUUGAGAUUUGGGUGGUUUCAGUGGUUGGGAUAUCUGCGGUUAAUAAUAGGUAAAGGAGAGAACCCAGGACGCUACCCUGCGGUACGCCUGAUUUAAUGGGAAAAUAUGUGGAAGUUGCUGUGUUAUAUUUUACUUGAAAGUAACGAUCUUCAAUGUAGGAUUUCAUAAUUAGGUAGUAGGGGGUUGGAAGAAUACUUUUGAGUUUGUAUAAGAGUCCAGUAUGCCAUACUCUAUCAAAUGCCUUUUCUACAUCUAAGAAUGCCGCUCUGCAAUAUUUUUUUCCUCAAUAGCAAUAAGGAUUUUUGUUAUAAUUAUAUGAGUCUAGUGUGUUGUGGAGUGUCUCUCUCUAAAACCAAACUGGUGUCUGGGUAUUUCUACAUCAUAGUGUGUGGGUUUACAUAUACACAGAAAUUUAUAUUUUGUGGAUUCUUGACAGUACUAUCCUGUAUCAUCUUUCUUUGGAAAGUGUUUAUUAUAUCUCGCCAUGCUGAACGCAUCUAUUAGUAAACGCAAGAGAUGACAAAAAGAAUGCUAAAAACAGCAGAGAUGAAAACCUUUUCGAAAAAUCGAUUAUAAGACACUAUGGGACAGAGCUAGAAGUAUAGAUAUACGACGGAGAUGCAAGGUGGACAUCAUUAAGAACCGGGUAAAAACAGAAGAGUAGAAUGGAACAACUACAUAACCCGAAUAACAACAAAUGGAUUAGUAAGGAUGACGAGACACGGUUUCCAAAUAUGAAGACGAUCAGUGGUAAGACCACGAAAACGAUAGAAUAAUAACUACUGAAGGCACAUUGAAAAAACAGACAAAGUUAUGUCCGCACAAAAAGAAGAUGAAGAAGAUUUAUAAAUGGGUUGGGACCAUGCCAAAACUGCCUAUUUUGUUCUGGAGAUGAUAGCUGCAUUGUUAGGAUAUAUCUAUAUUGGAUGCUGACCAUUUAUCCUCACUUCCACGAAAAAAAAUGUCAAACCCUGCUUUCUUCUUUAAAAGGAAACGGUAGACGUUCCUUUUUUUUCUAUUUUUUUUAAAUACUAAGAAUUAAAAAGAAUUUUACUAAACAAAAAUGUUGUCCGACAUUGCUCCAACGGUGCCUUGAUAAAAUUAACUUUUGUAUUAAAACUUCUUCGAUUAUUAGCACACAAAACAUGCUAUCUUAAUCAGCACAUAUAAUUAGAUGGUUUUGGAUUAAAUAUCCGCCAAAAACAACUUAAGGGGAGCCAAAGUCCGAAAAUUAAUUUUUUAAGUUUUUUGGGUUAUGAUUGAAAAUUAUUCUCUGGAAUCUUCUCUUUCCAACGAUAUAUACCACAUUAUAGUAGAAAAUAUCCAUGGUUACAGAAUUAUAUGUUUUUUAAACGUCUGCACUCAACUCACCGGUAGCUUUCUUUAUAGCCUUUUAUAUAUUAUUAUAGUUUUAUGUUUUUUAUGUUGGGGGUAAGUAUACUCCGUAUAAUUUACUUACCGUUGCACGUCAUCCGCGUCAUAGCCCGUGACAUCACAUUAUACCAACACGAAAUAUUUAGGCGGUAGGUGUGUUCUUUUUUAGAAUCAUUUUGCCGAGUACACUGGCAUUACAGCCACUAGACAUAUUUUAUUAUGUACGCGUAGAAAUAAUAUUUAGAUUUCUAUUAAUGUAACUUAAAGAAAUACACAAUAAUAUUUUUCAUUUAAUUUGUAUAAAUGGAUUAUAAAGCGUUUUUAUGAAGCACAUUUGUUCGGAACACACUGUAACUGUAAUCCAACGAAGGUGAUAUUUUGGCAUAAAUUGGUAACAUUUAUUUGACAGUUGCGGUGAUGACACUUAAUAUUUGUUUUUAUUCUUUACUAUAAGUAUUUGUUUCUUUAUAUUUACUGUUUUUAUUAUGUACUUUAACGUAAGUUUAUAACUUAUUUCUUGUUUUCUAUUUCUAAAGUUUUUAUUUAUUUACAUUGAAUAUUAAUUUGUUUUACUGUAUAAUCCACUUCCGCAAAAAUUAUGUGAUGUAUUUGAUUUAAAAUGAAUUCAAGAAUUUUUUGUAAUUGGGCAACAAUGUCAACUUAGAUCUCUAACGUAAAUAAUGACGUGCAACGGUAAGUAAAUUAGACGGACUGUAUUCGCGGGGUGCAAGUACUUGGAAGGGAAACGAGAAACGACCGUGCGCGAGUCGCGGAGAAAUAUUGCAACUAUCUUAAAUAAUUCAUAUUGUCAAUUGAAAUUGUCAAAUUGACGUAUAUUUCAUACCGUCUGUCAUUGAAGCAAGAAAAUUAUAUAUUGCUCCACAAUAUUGAUAUGAUAUGCAAUUAUUAUAUAAAGGUAAAUUUAAUUAAUUGUAUUUUGAGUGCAGUACUGUAUUUUAAUAACUCAUUUUAUUUACUACAUACAAUUGUUCACGUUUUCAUAACAUAACCUGAAUCUUAUUUUUUCUUCUUACUAUUUUUUUGGACUAUGGCCUUGACAAUUAUCCAGUAACCAGGACUAAUAUAAUUGGCCAAUAUAAUUAAAAGUGCGAAUAAAAGUACAGAGCGUAGAAAUAGGGGUCGCUUUGCCGAACUUGCACGGUCCCAAUAAGCCUAACUUCAAGUUUGUGAGAUCGCCACCCUUGUUCAAAUUUAAAAAUAAUUUGUUCAAAAAUUUUUAGUUAUUUUUGUGUAAAACUUUUUUAUUUUCCUUUUUACGAUAAAAUGUAAUAGUAAUAACGUUGUAUGCAAUUUAAUUUGCUACAAAUAUGUCUGAUAAAAUUUACUGUAGUGUUGCUAGUUUACGAGAUAAAACGCGAAAACCCUUUGCACCCGUUUUUGCAAGUUGGCUGCCGGGGGGCAACAAACUUGAACUUAAGCUUAUAAUAAUCCCCUACACGCCAAAAAAAUAAUAUUGCGUCCUUUGAAAAUCCAACAUUAAAUGCAACGUUUUCAUGGACUAAUACUGAUCAACUAACACUUCUCAGAUAGUCUACAGAAUGAUUGUGCGGUUUCUAAAUGUAUCACCGGGGGGAGCAUUUUUGAGACUCUCGAAAAUACGUAUUUUUGCGCACCUCAUCAUAAUUGACGUUUGACAGCAAAUUUUUUUAAAUUAGUACGGGAUCAAACUAGACUUUAUCAAAAGAUAUGAGGUGACAAGAAACUCCUAAAGAAGAACAUAGCAUCUGUCAACCUAUUUACUCACCCAAUUGGUUUGUUUCAUAUUUUUUUUUAUAUUAUUUUUAUGUUUCAUAUUAUUUUUUGCUUUUUCAUAUUCGAUGAACUGGCAACUUACUUGGAUGAGUUGACUGGUACGUCUAAACGCGUCUUAACAAUUUAUUAGUCAUAGAAUGAAGUAUUUAAAAUAUUCUUAUAUUUAUUAUAUAACCACAUUUUAGUACAAUUUAUUUUUUCUUUUUGAGGUAAAUUACUAUGAGACAAUAUAGUAUUUGUGAGGAGUGACUAAUUAACAAUAACAAUUUACUUCCUAAUUUACUCUACUAAUUCUAGUCACUUUUGCAAAUACAUUAUUUAAAUUUUGAACAUAUUAUGGUGCAUAAUUAAUAAAAUAUUUAUUCAUAGGUCUCUCAAAAGAGUAUGUUUUUAGCAAGCACUUGAUUAGUUACAUGAUACUAGUAGACGUUUUUAUAUUAUUACAUUACAGAAUUACUGAAAAAGUUCAAUUUUUAAUAAAGCGAAAGAUUUCAUUAAAGAAAAA